AUGUUGGGCGGGAAAAGGAAGGUGGAUGAGGUAGAAACUAAGCUGGUGAAUGAAGACGGGAGUUGCAGCAAGAAGGGGAAGUAUGAGGAGAUGGAGGCGGUGGAACCCAAUGUGGCGUAUGAAAAGGGGAUUUGCAGCAAGGAGGAAAAAGCCUGUGAUGAUGUUUCUCCAGUAUAUAUUCCAGAACCCUUGGAUGGAAAUCGGGUCGGGGCAUUCCUUCAAUACUUUGCACAUCGAGCCCUAGAAUUGGUUGAGGCCUCUCGACGGCAAGCGGAGGCGCAACCUCUGUAUCUCGCAGCUGCUCAAAAAGAGGCAAAACACAGACAGGAGAUCCUCCGAAACAGGUCAAACUAUUCUGAAACUCCUAUUGAAAUUUCACCAGAUAAACCUGAUGUUUCUGCUACCCCAUCUUGUGUGCCUGUUAUUUCUGAAAAUUUAACUGCUUUGGAUUCCGAGAAGCCUCUUGUGAAUAUUGAUUCUUUAUCUCUGCCUCUGAGUGAAUCUGUUGGUAUGAAAACUGAUGUCUUGCAUGUGUCUGAUGAGAAAGCAAAGUCCUCUGAUGAGCUAAAUCCAAUGAGUUUAGUCAUUUACUCUUCUGAUAAUAUUGCUCUGCCUCCUGCUGAGAAUGUUGAUGACUCUAAAGAAACUUGCUCUGCUGUUGAUACUCUUGUUUUACCUGUUACUGUUGAAACUGUUGAUUUAUCAAGCCCCCACAAGUCUGAGAAAACAGGUGGAAUUCCUGUUUACACUGCAACAUCUUUAGGAGAGAGUCUGGAACAUGUGCGACACUUUGCUGGGCUACCAUCUGAUUCCAUCCCUCAACCAUAUCGAGUGAUUCAUCCUUCCGAAUCGUCCAGUGAAGAUGAUAAAAUACUGGCUGAAGUGUAUGGAUCUCAAGCACUUCAAUAUGAUGUUCCAACUGUUGAGGCAACUGCUCAUCCUGACUCCACGAAUUUCGAAAUUCGAGAGAUUUCGAAUAUUUUUGGAAGCUCGUCUGCAAAUGUUUCUGAUUCUAGCCACUCUGUGACUCCGGUUCAGUCCCCAACCAAUGAAACAAGACGGUCAAAAAGGAAGAAUGUCCCAGUAAAGCCUGAGAAGAAGAGAAAGUCGAGUGAGACUGUUAAGCCUGAAGGAAACCCACCUGUUCAACAAAUGUUCAAGACUCUGCGAUCGUCUGUUAAGCAAAAAGGUUCUACUGCUGUUCAAGCUACCUCUGUACCAGCCCCUUUUGUCAGAAAAGGGAAGCCAUCCACACGAUCAAGAGGUCGAAGUAAAACCCCUGAGGUCCCACCUGUAGAAGAAACUGACCCAUCUGUUUACCGGCCUCAGUUUGUAUCUCCUGCUGCACAGACCAAAUGGGCCACUAUGGUUAGAAGGGAUCUUAUUGUUCAAAGAUCGGUGGACGAGAACCAGCUGAACUCCGUUUGUGACAUUCUGCCCUUGCUGAAUGAAGUCGGAUUGUUGAAAACUGUCACAGACAUCUGCCCUUACUCUAAGCUGCUCACAUAUGAAUUGUAUUGCAAUCUCAAUGAUGAGAUUGAUGUUCUCACAGGGCCACGACCGAUGCAGAUCUUUAUCAGAGGAAGGUGGUAUGUUUUUGGGCCGGAUAUGAUUAAUGAAUACUAUGGCUUGCCAGCGGUUCAAGAAGAAGCUGUUACUGACUGGGACUUAGUUGCCAGAACUCUGACUGGUGGGCAGACAGAAUCAUGGCCUACGGGUGACAAGGACUAUCUGCAAAGCUCCCAUCUCAUGUCCAGAUAUGUGAUUUUACACCGCCUAGCUCUUCACAACUGGCUCCCAUCAGCCCAUUUUCACACAGUUGGCAAGCUUCUGGCUAGGUUCUUAUUUCGAAUUGGAACAAAGAUGCAACUUGAUCUGGGCAAAUGGAUUUACUAUCACAUCCUCACCCUGAUUCAUCCACGCGAACAGAAGGUAAGACUACCCUUUCCAAAUCUGAUUUUUGGCAUCCUUACCACUCAGGGCGUUGAGCCUAUGCCCAGUGAAGUGAUCAGCCCAACGUUGCUUUAUACUGUUGAUAAACGUCUUCUGUCUGGAGAUCACAUUCGAGAUGUUGUUCCUGUGACUGCCCCAUCCAAUCCUGAACCAGAUGCUGUGCCUGAUGACUCUCCUCAUGCUAAGGAUGUUCAGCUUUCCAUUCAGCUGAAGGCAAGAGUUGCUGAUCUUGAGACGGUGCACAGCAUUAUUACAAAGCAACUGACAGGGGCCCGUACUGAGCUAGCUACUGUUCUUCUUCGUUUGAGCCUGACUGAAGCUGCUGCUACUACUGCUGAUCCUGUGAAGUCUGACAGUGACUCUCCCUCCAAUGCUUGA